AUUUCAAACUUCGUAAGAUUUCGUAUUCGCCGAAAAUAUAGGGGUCAGUUUGAAAUGAAUCGUCAAAAGCGGGGUCGUCUUGUAAUUGCCUAAACCGAUGCAGCCUUUGCGAAGAACCUGGUUUACGAGAGCAGGAAAAGCAGCAGAGACAGCGAUUGACGGGGAAGACAUGGAAGAAGCAGAGAUCCUUGAACUCUACGAACUGUCAUACAUGGAUCUUGUGCUCUUGUCUCAUCCUGAAAAGGCUUUGUCUUCGUCUUCCCCCGGAGACCGAAAGAAGCAUCAAUUGAUCUCGAGAGACGUAUUGGAAGCCCUAGGCCCAACCGGCCCAGGCCUUCUCUGCAUCACCGGCGUCCCUCGCGCUGCCGUCCUCCGCCACCGACUCCUCCCGCUUGCUCGGAAACUUGCUCUUCUCGACCCUGACACGAGGAAACGCAUUCUCAAGGAGCAUCACCUGGGGAGUGAUGUUCCUCUGAAGAACCCGGACAGAAAUGUGUCGUCAUUUUCAGCGCAGCUCAAGUAUGCGCAGAGUUCUGACAAAUUCUGCCAUGAGGUUUCGACAAACCCUGAUUUGCAGGAGGAUGAGUUCACGAAUCUGGAAGGUGCGUUUAAGGAGUUAGGAUUUUGCAUGAUGGAAAUGGGGUUGUGUAUAGCUCGUGUAUGCGAUGGGGAGAUUGGGGGAAGAGAGCUUGAGGACAGCUUGCUGGAGUCCUGCACUGCGAAAGGGCGUCUCAUACAUUACCACUCAGCUGCCGAUAAACUUCUUCUUCGAGAUGCAUUGAGGAGAACUCGAUCGAUGAGACAGAAGAUGUCCAGAAAGCAUGAGGGGAUUUACUUGGACCUGUGGCAACAGUGGCAUUACGAUUAUGGGAUCUUUACAGUGCUCACGGAUCCUAUGUUUCUUUCAUCUUCGUCCUUGUCUAAAGCAGGGGCAGUUCAAUGCGGCCACACAUACCUGAAGAUCUAUCAUCCAAGCGAGAACAAGGUCUACCUGGUGAAGUCUCCUCCUCCGGACAGUUUUAUAGUUCAGGUCGGAGAAUCUGCCGAUGUUUUAUCCAAGGGGAAGCUACGGUCAACCCUUCACUGCGUCUGUAGACCAGAGAAGCUGGAUCAUGUUAGCCGGGAAACCUUUGCUGUGUUCCUGCAGCCCUCAUGGAGCAAAACCUUCUCCUAUUCCGAUUAUGUGAUGGAUCAUAUAAAGUUGGACUCUCAGCUAAAAGCGUCGGAUUUGCGUCGGGAGAUACAGAAAAUUGUGCCACCGCUCUCAUCUCGUUUGAAAGACGGAAUGACAUUUGCCGAGUUUGCUCGCCAAACUACGAAGCAGUACUACGGCGGCAGUGGCUUGCAAUCUAGUAAGUGACAGUGCCAACUGCUGUAAACACAAUCUUUUCGUUUUAGCACUUUGGAAAUCAGUCUAAUCUCAUAAUGCAGACGAGGUUGGCCGUGAAGAGCUCCGUACGAUUUGGAAUACUUCCAAGAUUAGAAGAUAAGACGGCGCACUCGGACCAACCAAAAAGCCAAGCCUCCAAUGCUUUAAACGUGUCAAUAUGUAUAUCUUGAUGGAUCGAUUUUUGUAUAUACAUUGGAGGAUGUAUUCGGCAAAUAAAAGUAGUUAUAAUAUAUUGGAAUACGAAACUA